UAUCAUUUUGUUAAUUACUUCACUCAUACCCUGUCAUCAAUUAAACUUAAAAGAAACACAGUGCAGUGGUUUGAUCUUGAUUUGUAUUGCUACAUCACAAACCUUUGAUUUGAACAGAAGGUAUUACAAACUAAACAGGAGAAAAAUGUAUUAUUGGGUUAGUGCUAAUCCUUCGGAUUUCGCCGGAACCCCUCCCCAACGUCGCAGUGGUCACUCCGCUGUUAAUAUUGGGAAAUCUAAGGUUGUCAUGUUCGGAGGCCUUGUCGACAAGAAGUUUCUCAGCGACAUCGCUGUCUAUGAUAUUGAGGCCAAGCAAUGGUUUCAGCCUGAGUGCACUGGGAGUGGUUCAGAUGGGCAUGUAGUUCCCCAGCCCUCGGCUUAUCUAUGUGCUGUUAUCCAUUGAAUGUCACAGUGUUC